GUUGGCGCUGGCGUCGGUGUCGGCGUUAUUGUCACCUCAAGCACAACAGCGCCGUCACUGGCUAGUGACUAUGAAAAUUUGACAGCAAGCAGCAAUCACAACAACAACAACAACGAUGCCAGCUAUGAGCUAAGCUACAACACUAACAACAACAAUAACAAAAACAGUAAUGCAGCCUUAUUAGCAGCAGAUGCAAGCACAACAGCAACAAGCACAACAACUACAAAAACAACAACAACAACAACAACAGCAACUUUAGCCGCAGCUGAACAGCAGGAAUCAACAUCCAGCGUCGCAGUUGCAGCGCAGUCGCCGUCGCCGUCAGCAGGCAACGUCAGCAGCAAUGUGAGAACAGCUGAUCUUGCUGCCGGAGCAGGAGGAGCAGCUGCUGGAGGAGCUGCAACAAAAUCACCGCCGCCAUCAGCACAACCGCACGAGCUGAUUGGCUCGGCCACGCCCACCAAGGGCGAACAGGAGGCGAUAUUGCGUGCAUUGGAUUGGCUGAAGGAGAAACGCGCCUCGGAUUAUGGCUGGGGCAAUGAUACGCACGUUGUCAUACUGGCCAAGGAGCUGUCGGGUGGACGGGAUCCGAAUGAUAGCGCCGAUUCGCAUAUGCAGGUCAUCCAGGAGCUGGAGGAUACGCUCUCCGUCAAGGAGAUGGAGAUCGAGAUCUUGGCCAUGUUGGAUCGCCAUCAUACGCUGCCCAAGCCGCUCAAUCUGGACAAAUUGGCGCGCUAUGUGCUGGCGCUGGGUUCGCUCUGCAAGGAUCCAAAGCAUUUUCAUGGACACGAUCUGGUGGCCACAUUGCAGCAUCAUGAGCCCGCCCAGGACAUUGAGUUUGCAUUGACCACGCUGUCGGCCUGCAGCUCGGCGGCGCAUGUACGCAAGCGACAGAUCCGGCGACUUCUGGACAUUGCCAGCGGUGUGACGGAUCAGAGUGUGGAUGCCAUUGCGAUGGUGAUCCUGGCGCUGCGUUGCAUUGUCACCGAUCAUCGGCAUCGUCAUCUGCAGCACUUUGUCCGCCGUCCGGCACGUGGACUGGCCAGUCUCCAGGAUCAACGGGGCAGCUUCGGUUCGCUGCGGAGCACAGCAUUGGCCAUGCAGGCUCUGCAGGAUCUCGAGUAUGAUCCGGCCGGUCAUUGGAAUCGCACGGCCGCCUCGCGUUAUAUUCUCAGUCGUCAGCGUGCCGACGGCGGCUGGAGCGAGGAGCCGCUGCAGGAUGGCCAGGAGCCGGACAUUGGUGUCGGCCUUACCGCCGACAUUAUUCUGGCCCUCGGCUGGAAGGGAUUGGGUGCAGUGCGUGCCCUCCAGUGCGAUCAUGUCAUACGUGAGAGCAGCGAUCCCACAGAGAAUGGUGAACCGAAGCUGGCCCUGCCCUUCGGACUCAGCUCCUCCGCCGAGGAAUCGGAUGCCAAGAACAUCUCGUACACCUACACACUGUGGGUGGGAUCCAACGUCACCGAGGCCUUCUCCCUCUCAUUGGUAUCGCCCAAGAACACGAGCUUUUUCAAGGCCAUGACACAGGCCGCCGAAAUGGAUCCAAGAUUCAUUUUCGAGGCCCGCGAAUGGCCCAAUGGUCACUACGUGCACACGCUGUAUGGCAAGAAAGAGGAACCACGAGGAUAUCACUACUGGCUGCUCUACAGAUUGCCCGAGUUACCUGAUCCGAACAAUACGCCUGGGAAUCAGCUUAUUGCGCCUGUUGGUGUGGAUGAACUAAUGGUCGAGGAUGGGGAACAUUAUCUCUAUUGGUAUAAGAAACUUUAAGCACAUCGAAAUGGAUUUGCCGGCCUUAGUCACAAUAACUAAAGUUAACCUAAUGGGCAAGGUCAUAUAUAGCAGCUAAUACUACAAAUAACAUAGAACAACUGCAUAUACAUACAUAUGUAUGUGUGUCUGUCUCUAUAUGCAUACAUACUAUACAUACAUUCUCAUAUAACUGUAAUAGUAAAGGCGUAAUCAAAAAUCUACAUUAAUACCCCCUUUUCCCACUUUCGCCUCCUACCACCCGCCAGAUAUGCACACAUGCAUAAUACCCACAUAUACAUGCAUACUACAUAAUAUACAAAAUAUAACCCAAAGCUAGCUUACAAUUGUGUUUAGGUUAUACCAAAAAAAAAAAACCACCCCAAAAACCAAAAAAAAACUUAAAUCGAAAAUUAAACUUACAACUUUACGCACUUUUGCAUGUUCGAUUUUCUCAUGUGGAUGUUAAAGUCGAUGUUAGUUUUGUUUAUCACAAAGAUCAGUUCAGUUUAUCAGCAUUAUUAUUAUAAUCGAUAAGCUAAUGAAAUGUUCGCGUUACACCUUCUGUUAACUUUAACAUGUACAUGAAAAAAGCGGGCUGAAAUAAAGCAAUUGCAACUUAUACACGCACACGCUCACACUAACACACACAUACUUACAAUCGCAACGAACCGCAAUUCAAAGAAAAGCUCUCUCACUCUAAAGCUCUUCUUCUUGGCCCGGCCAGCAUAACGGUCCCUUUUAAUGGAUAGCAAUAAUCGUACAAAACUAUAGAUUUUUUGAAUGACAGUUACGUGUGGAUAACUAUCGAUAGUUUUGUAAAACGAUCGAUUGCAAGCUAAGUUCACUUUCUCAAAGAAUUGGUUUAAAGAAAAGUGAGGUUAGGUUCAUUUAUCACUCCGUCCGUUCUGGAGAUUGAGAGUUUAAGCAUUGAUUAAUAUGAUCUGAUAUCGAUGCACUUUGCACACACACACACACACACACACACACUCUCUCACAACUACACACGCACACACCUACACAUACAUAUAUACAAAAAUAUGCUUUAUAUGUUUAUGAACUACAUAAGUAAAAAGAAGAAGGCAAAAGCAAAAUCAAAGAAAAGCAAGAGCAAAAGCAAAAGAUAAUGUGGCACUCAGUCCAAGCGAAGCAUGUUAUACCAAACACCGUACGUAACAAUAAGUGAUUGAAAAUCAUCCCUAGACA